AUGGAAUUGAAGGUUUGGUUUGACGGCAUGCCUCGCGUCGUCGGCAAUGUUGUCGGAACAACAACUGCCGAGGAAGUGAUUCGGGCACUUACAGAAUCACUUAAACUUUCAGACGCAUACUCCCUAUUGGCUUAUUGGAACGGCAACGAAAUUCACUUGUCUCCUUCGGAAAAACCGCUUAGCUUUAUUAACAGGUGAAUUUUCAGCAUGCCCACAGCCUUAUAACUGACAAAUUUGAUGUGCAAAUGAGAUGUCCCUUUAGGCUAGCUGAGUGCUGUCUCAUUAUGGAAUUGAGAGCUCCUUGCCAACGAGAGUUAAUUUUCGCCCCAAUUGGAACAGAAGGGCACUUAAUGCGCCCAUCUUCUGCAAACUAUGCAAAGGUGGCCGAUUGCGAUAGUGUUUUCGAAGAGCUCAUAACCAACACUUAACGGACUACUGACUUCUCACUGGCGGACAACGUAAAGCGUUUUCUGUUUACCACGGACUUGAGGUCGUGGUAACAAUAGUUAACCUGAGGUCCGGUGAGAUGUAGGCAAAUUACCCUUGAUUCUCCUAUGGCCCUUUGAGGUCCAGUCGUUUUGGUGAGAUCGAAAUCCGUUUUCGGGACUUCGUGAUGAACAACCGCUUUGCAAGCGGUUACAUGCCUACUCAGCCUACUCCUAAUUACUUGAAUUUUCACACGAAGACGUGAAGUUCUUCGACCUUUUUGCAUAGUGGACGUGACACAAAAUCUACAGACCUACGUGUUUCUGACUAGAGUAGUUGAAGCAUCGUAUGGAACUUUUCACAUUCUAUCGGGCUUGUACAUUAUUCAACUGUUCCCUCAAUCCGCAAAGUAGGUAGUGCCUCUGCCAUGUCUUUAGUGAAUCCCGAUUGGUUUGUCUUCUGACAUUUCUGAGGCUAGUAAUGUCCUUUGUUUACAAUAGUUUUCCUCACUAUGACGUCUCCACAACGCGAAGCGUAAUAUUGCAUCAUAAUUAUAGAAGUCCUGCGGAACAAUAGCUCGUGUACCCUUUCUAAUUGUUUUGUUGCGACAAGUGUUCAAUUUAGUACUCUGCAUUGAUGACCGAGGAGUUAAUUCUACACACCUCAUUCCAGCCGACGUGCCAAUUGAAACUAAAAUCCAUCUAAGGUACAGUCACCUUUCUAUCUAGGCGGUUAUUCCAAUAGUUUAUUUAAGCUAAUCUAUAAAAUGAGCUUGCUGUGCAUGCGCAUUUACCUGGUGGUUCGUGAAGUGCACUGAAUGUGUUUAGGGACCACUGUGUUAGGACUGAUGAGGAUAAUGCCAUGAUCCAGAAGUCGGCUAUGUUUUCGACUAGGUUAGCCUUUUACGCCGUUUUGGAUUGCCUUUGUGCUAGAGGUUGACAUUGAUGUUCACUGAGUCGGCCGCGCAUACCGUUUUUCCGCGAUUAGUUUUUGUUUGCAUCCACUUCUCUGCUGUUAAUCGCCCAGAAAGUUUGGCCUCUCAAGCUGAAGUCCAGUCAGUCCUGUGCGUUUGUAGAUGCGGGGCUGCUUGUUUUGAAGACGAGCGCAAAGUGGUUAUUAACAGCCUCUGCCUGAACUCGGUCGCAUGAUUGAGAUAUCUCGACUUUUACACGAAUAAGACAAUCCUCAAUUUCUGUAAAAAAGUCAGGAGGAUUUCAGGCAAUUGAAAAAGACGACCGAGAUGACCUAGCAAAGUUGUUUGCUGAUCGCCUCAUCUAGGUUCAGUACUGCUGUCUAGCCGAAGGCGUUGUAGAGGAAGUCAGCUCAGAAUUGGAAUCUAUACAGACCGUCAAGACGUGGUGGUAAUUCUUAAACCUGUCUUCGUCGCUGGACAGUUGUGUCGGAAUGUCUAGAUCUGACUUGACUGGUUGACAAUCGAAUCGAACAGUCACGUGAGGUCUUCGUCUGACUUCGUAAAGAUCUCUGAAAUUGGCGUAAGCCCAGUCAGGAAAUUUAGUCGCGCUUUUACUAGGACUUUGGAAAGACGGAGAUGCGAUACUGUCUGCCUGCUUAGGAAAUAUUGUUAUUUCUACGCAGCAUUCCCCAAAUUAGAUUCUAGCAGGAUCUCCGAAGAACAUCUUUAUAGUCUUCAAGGAAAUGAAUCCAUCAACUGGGCCAUGUUUAUUCGCAGAUUGAGGGGUUCUGGCCAUGUAUUGCGCCUCCCUGGAGGUGACAUCGUCUGGGAUGUUAUCUUGCCCUACCUAUGCACUGUCUGGCCGUGGCGUAGAUGUGACCAACUGAAGAUAUGACGGGGCUCGAGAGAAAGAGAGAGCCCCAAGGCACAACGGACGAGUGAGUUCCGUAACGCGAUCGUUAGGCGUCCCUUGACCGUAAAAUCGAUUCACCAAAUCAAAUACGUCUGCAAAUAUAAAGGCAGUUUCCACGGUGGAUUGCCUGGGCCUGUGGCGUAUCUCCAGUGUCCUCCGUAACACGGGGCUGUUCAGUUUCAGUCCAUAAAAUUUUGAUGAAACCGCGAACUAUUGGUGCGAAUUUGGUGUUAACAGCCUCUUCCUAAAUGUCGAGAAGGCUCUUCUUCGUCUUCUUCUGUAGUCAUACAAAACCAUAUUGCCCUUGGUAAAAGGGGAAAGAACGGUAUUAACAGAUCUUGAAGAAGCGGUCACCCAAUACCACAACUUGAGGAGGAUAGUAUAAGUACCAGACUAAGUGGCGUGGAAACCCAAACUUACCACAUCCUGUGCGUUGUUUCUCAUUUGCCACCAAGACCGGGAUUUUAUAGUUCCACGAGUCUCAUGGGAGCUACAACUUCAGGCCUUUGUAAGCAAAUGGACUUCAGUAACUUAUCGGUGCCAUUAUCCCUGAUGUUGCCAAGUACCGGUCUUUAGUCUUAUCUUUUUUGCGGCCAUGAGUGAAGUCACUAUUGGCAAGUAUGUGUACCGUAACAGUUGAACAGACAGGACAAUCUGUGUCUCCCGCCAGCACCCAGUGCAAUUUUUCCUCCAUAGUGGGUUGCCGGAUAAGUUAAGCGAAAUGUCCCAUCCCACCGCGGAUGGGCUGUUUUUUGGACUGCUUUUUAGACUGUUUUUUUUUCGGCAGUGUGAAUAUAUUUGUUGGUGUUCCAGUCCUUUCUACUUAACCUGAUAUGUUUAAUCUGGAUUUUGUAUAGUUAGGGAGUUUUCUUAGAAGGCGUUACAUUCGUUCUCAGUACUACUGGCCCCUGUUCCCUUGGCAGUUGUUUCAGAAUGGUCUGGAGUUCCAGAUGCCAGACGCUAAAACUGUUCUGGUUCAUAGAUCUCAUUCCACUCUCGCACUCAUGGACCACAUGCAUUUCGAUACCCUUAUUGGCAGAAUUCGGCAUUUGCUUCUCAGCCAGGCAUGCAGUUGGUGCGGUCAUCGCUGCUGCGCACUGAAUGUCCACUUCUUUGAGUUCCCCAACGUUUUAGCAUCCAAUUUGCAGGUUUUUGCGGACGGGCCACCAAUUAUCAUGCUCGACAUUGCCCCCAUCGAUCAUUAUGCAAAUGCAAGUAUGGUUCUUCAGCUUUGCUGCUCAACUUGCCACCCCAUCCACUUCACUAACGAGAGAAUGAGGACUCUGUAUGUAUGUGAAUCCGUUUGAAUUCUUUCCCCAAGACCUACUCGGCUUCCAGGGGAGGACCUUCUCUACGGGGCCACGAAUAAUUAUUAUUUUGUAGUCGAUACCACUAGCCCUAUCCUGAUUUGAGGCCGUUUGAUAGGAUUUCCGCACUCCAGAUCGGCAGUCACCGAGAGACCGCUAUAUGGCUACUCAUUUGUCCGGUUUUCAGCCACUUAUUUCGCAACUUCUCCCCUCUAUCAGAAAACGUUUCACUAUUUUCACCUAUAAAUAUACAUGGUACCCCGCAGAUGGUCCAACAAGCCAUACCUUCCCAGUGUUGCUCCUUUCAUGGCCUUGUAUAACAGAUUCUGAUCACUUGUCCGAAUUGUAUACAGUUUGAAUUCUAGGCGUUAACGAACAAAAACCAGCAGUUUACAUUGAAGUGGAAAACAGGCCGCGAAAAGUUCUCUAGUGAGAAGGGACUGAGAAGAAUUAAAAGCUGUCCCUGGGGACGUUGGAGGUCGUGGAUGGGCGGUUAAAGACACUUCUGAGGGGUAGUCGUCCCACAGUGUCGUUCUGGACGACAAAAGAGGCACUAUCGUCGCGUCGCUCUGCCUUUGAUCGGCUGCUCCAGAAGUAAGUGUAUCUGACACCCACCUCCUCCGGUUGACCUUGUUCGGUGAGGCGGGUCUCGGUGAGAGCAACGAUUUCCACUUUGCAGCGCUCCAGUUCUUGGGCGACGAGUGCCGUCACCCGCUCCGUCCGAUUGUUUUUCGGAUUGCAUAUAGGAGGACGAACAUCCCAGGCUACCAAAAGGAGCGGGCACACUCUAGCAGCCGGUGGGUUAGGGCGAAGAGGACGGGAACAGGGGUUGUUUUUGUUGCUGAGGUGUCCGGCCAAGCACAUCAGUCUGCGCUUUCUCCGUCGGAAGCGUCGUUUCGUCGAAGCUGAGAGCGACGCGGUUCCACUGUGCCAUCGUAGACCGCUUUGAUUGAGACAAAGAAGUUCAUUAUUUCCUUGCGGUACGCAUACCCUUGGGUUUACUUGGCCUUGUGGGCCAUCCAGGCGUCCUGAACUUACCGGAGUCGUCGCUGCACACGUCGGCGACAUUUAAGAAAUCAUUUAUAUGUUCGUCGGUCCGGCGGUCGAUGUAAGCCUUGUGCAGUCUGCAUUUUUCGGCAAGCAGGUUGCUAAUACCUGCGCCAGUGUCGUCGAACCAGGCUUUGUGUUGAUGACGUUCGCGGCCGAAGGCGUUCAAGACAGUGGACUGGACUGCAUUCAGCAGUUGGCGCUACCGCGUCUCCACGGGAACGUUUUGAUCUGCAGUUUGCAGAUCAUCCAGUCGUUGGGUCAGCUGAUCACUGAAAUCUAAGCAGUGAGGUGGCAAAUUCAACGGAGCAGCAUUUAACUUACUUGGCGGUCGCCUACCUUUUAGUCUCCCGCGGGGUCGCAGUCGGAGCCUCAUUUUGGAGAUAGCAAGGCGGGGAUCCGUCUAGCCUCCAGCGUCGCAGAUCGUCUUGGCUACCAGUAGUCCUGUCUAUCGCGCCUCCGAAUAGGGACGUCGUCCAGCAGCCGCCAGCGUCGCCAUCAGAGGCGCAUCCAAGUGGCCUUCUCCUGUGCCGGAGCGUAGAAGAAGGUGUGGGUCAGCAGGAGGUGGUGUUUUGUGUAGCUUCGCAGAAGGAGGCCGUCGCCGUUACUGCCGCCGAUUCCAUGGGGACGCAGCAAUAUCCUCCAGACAGCGUGCUCUCUCCCGAUGCGCGCGUUGUCGUCGCUGGGGACAACCAGCUUGUUCGCCCGCGACACCAUCGCCAGGAGGGCAUGCAGGUCUUCGUAGGAUUUGUUCUUCGCCUCUUUAGAGCUGCUCACUGGGGGGAGGGGGUGAAGGGGGGGACGUAGGCAUUGAUGACGAUGGGGACUUUGGUUCCCCGAAGAGGACACGGGGAAAUAGGGUGGGUAGUCGUCCCACGGUGUCGUUCUGGAAGACAAAAGAGACGCUAUCGUCGCGUCGCUCUGCCUUUGAUCGGCUGCUUCAGAAGUAAUUGUAGCUGACACCCAUUUCCUCCGGUCGACCUUGUUCGGUGAGGCGGGUCUCGGUGAGAGCAGCGAUUUCCACUUUGCAGCCCUCCAGUUCUCGGGCGACGAGUGCCGUCCUCCGCUUCGUCCUGUUGUUUUUCGGAUUGCAUAUAGGAGGACGAACAUCCCUGGCUACCAGAAGGAGCGGGCUCACUCUAGCAGCCUGUGGGUUAGGACGGCGAGGACGGGAACAGGGGUUGUUUUUGUUCGUCUGGUUGUUUCGACCGCAAGUUUUGCAUCUACGAGCCACGGUAUACUUGCAGAUGGCGGGACUUCCCAGCAUUUGUUUAGGGUACAUUUUCUAGUCCCUUCCCCCGCGAGGAGAUAAGCAGUGCUACCCCUUGGCAUAAAAUAGCCUGUUGUUUAUACCGGUUGUGACUGCAAGUUUACAAAAUUCCUCAUUAUUUUAGAAUGGAUGUUGAUUCCUGUUUUCAAAUUUUACGCGAUUUUCAUCACUAGCAAGUAUAGAAGAACUCGGAAGUUGUUGUGUUAAGUCCGCUUACGAAAGCCAAAUCAGACAAGUUCGUCGCAAGCUGAUCGCCUUUUAAAUCCUGUGAAUCACUACAAAAAGUCUCCUUUUCGGAUUAAGAACGGUCUCUCUCAAGACGCAAUCAAAUACUUGUAAAUUUCAUUUUUUCUAAAUUAAGAUGUGACCCUUGAGAAUCUUGUUUGGACGUUAGACGUUUCGAAAGUCGAAAUCCUCAUAGCAAGUUCAACAUAUAAUAGAAAGGUUUUUUGUUUUUUUGUAACUCCAAACUUUCCAUGCUUGAUAGUACGCAUUCCCCGUCCACUUAUCUGUUUGCGUUGUGCCACUUUCCUCAAACACGCGCCUUCAUUCUGAGGUAAUUAUCAGAACCUUAUGCGGAACGCAUUUCAUUUUUUGAACGUCUUAUAAUAUCGGCUUACAAACUAUUUGUUUUAAGUCUACUCUCUUGAGUGGUGUUUGCUGUUGUCUGCUCUUAUCGACGAUUACUGCUUGUUUGCGCCCUAACAGGUUAGGUGAUCACCCUAAGCAAUUCGAAUUCGUCCUCCGUCCCAUGGAACUGUCCCCUAAAACGCCGAGCGAUCUAAAGACUAGACCACGGACCCUGGAUUACCCCGGAACUCCCGAUUCAUUUAGCCGCAAACCGUCGGCCAAUUCGGUUACCUCGACACCGCCUCAAUUCAUUUCUUCGGGACAUGUCGUCCGUCAGCCACCAACUGUCCCCAGCGAACAAGGUUUUACUUGAUUUUGCCCCACUUUUUUCUCUGAGUCUGAAAGUUCUUCCUGUUGGUCUUAAGGGGGGGGGGAGUGACUGAAAUACCAAAAACGUAGGGCAAAACGGUCUUGAGUUUGAGACCUUUUCCCUAGAUAGAUUUAAGCAAUAUCAUGAAGGCAGAGAGUUGCGUCAUUAGCAUUGAAUUCUACCUCGUAUGAAAAUGGUUUUAUUAGUUGCAUCGCUGGUGCUGCAUUGAUGUAGUGGUGUCGGAUUUGGACCGACAAGAAUUUGUCGUAACUAGUGUAGAGCAAACGGAAAACAGUAAGAAACAGCAGAACAGGAUAAGGAUCGGGUGAAGGACCCCAAGCAUCAGUGGCAUACAAAGAAUACCUACUAUACUUAUUUUAGUGAGUUUUAGUCCGACGCAUUUAUUUCGGUCUGGUGUUUCAUCGUGCGAGGUUGGGUCGUCUGUUGUAGACGGCCUGGCGCGUUAUCUACAAUGACCUCAGUUCAGAGAGUUGAGAGGCGAGCGUUGUAGACAGUCUGGUGGAUUAUCUACAAUGACCUCAGCUCAGAGAGUUGAAAAGCGAUCAUUGUAGACACUUAAUGUUUAUUUUUUGAUUGUCCUGCUUAAUUUCGGUCGCUGUAUGUCAAUGCAUUAACACUUUUCCCCCCGAAGACCGAAUUUACCAAUUAUCUAUACAUAUUGUGCCAAUUCCUCUAUGCAUACAUAGGCCCCGCCUGUAAAACUCAUAUUGCCAUCUUUCCCGUAAGACAGGCACCUUUUGCUGGUCCUGUGUGUUUGGGGUCCAUCGCCCGAUCGUUGCCUCUUCAGCAUUCUUCGAAUUAAACAAUGUAGCGAAUAAGUCCUUAGAUUUCGCUACUAGCAAGUGAACGAUCAGUUUGCGAGAGGUCAGAAACCGUGCCCCUGAAUAUCUAGAGGCUUAUACAUACUUACAGUCAUGACAUGUUAAGAUAGGUAGAAAAUGGUAACGCGCACUAUAUCACUGAUAGUCACUUUUAUGCGCGUGCCGUUGUUGACUGAGAAUUUUAUGCCUAUUUAAAAUAGUCAGUAGUGUUAAUUUUUCCCCUGCUCUAGCCCAGUUGCAAGAUCAGCUGACCAAACAGGAACAGGAGCUGGAUUUGAACCGCAUAAAGCUGUCCCAACUUGAUAACGGUAAAUUCCUCUCUAUUAUCUGGCUCUGUCUGAUCAACUCUCAGUUUUUUUUCUGGUUUUCUUACCACGCUAUUUCGUUAAUUAACCUUUUCGCGACGAGAUUACCCUUCGAAAUUACAUUAUCAUAAUAACGGCUGCUUGCCUCCUGGAUUAGAAAAUAAAAUACUUAAAGGAAUGCGGAAAAAGACAAGGGGGGACUGGAAUGGCCAUUUCUGGCUUACUAGCUGUCAUCAGCCAGUCAUGCCCAACCUCAGGUUUGAAGCACCUUCGAUUCGAACCUGAGAUCUUCGGUCACUGAGUCGAACGCUCUACCGCUGAGUCACUGCCCCAUUAUCCUGUCGGUUGGGAUCGGAAAUAUUAAUUCUUUUGAAAUUGUGUUCAUAGAUUGGGUUACAGGACAUUUUCACCCCGUUGUUUUUUAAGACUCAACCCAGAGCCCACUAAGGCAGUCGCAUGGCGACCAUGAACAUAUGUUUCCGCACCACGUGUUUGCGUAAAUAUUGAUUGCAAACGGGGCUUUUUUACUGCCUUAGUUAUAGCACACACACACACCUAGUUCUGCUAGUUGUUUUCUCAUCUUCUGAAGGUUAUACAACUACCGCAAUUGUGGCCUGUUUCUCAACUUUGUUGAAAUACCCUAUAAAUGUCUGGGUAGGGCUGCUUUGCCAUUGCAGUCCACUGGCUGUGUUGCGGUACCAUUUAUCUUUUGAUUGCUAUUUUGUGCUUGUUUUAGGUUAGUCUGAGCAUGUUACCAUUGCUUUUAAAAGCAAUAUUUCUGUAGUUAAAGGUGAUAAGUAACGACUCUUCACUCUAUUCAGAUGUAAACAAAUCAUAUGAGUUAUUAGCACCCGAGCACACAAGUCAGCAUAUCAGUGGGACGUUGGCUUGGUUUGGGCCGACCUACAACUGGUUGAUCGCCGCGGGUCAGAAUUCAGUCGCCGACUUCUCUCUCAGAGAUAUGUUCGAAUAGUUUUGACUGAGCAUACUGGCUUAGGAGAUGCCGUUCUGAGACCCCAUCAGAACGAGAACCCACUAAAUAUCAUGCCUCCUUGCCCUAGCGCUUCCAGUGAUGGCAAUUUUUGCACUGAGACUCAGGCCUAGGUCCUUUCUUUUGCCUGUAUCUUCUCCUUUAGCAGGAUAUCAUUCCUGCUUUUGACGGUGGUGUAAGUGAGCUUUGCUUUUGGAUAAUAAAAUUGAUCAUUUCAACGCCGUCGACUUUCCCCGCGUCCACCAUCUCGGCAGUUCAAAGCCUGGUUAGAAUGUAGCUGGCUGGACAACGGUUACAUGGGACAGUGUGGUUGAGAAAUUCUUUCCUGCAUUUCCUGUGUUCGAAAUGGAGGUCGCCAUCCCCUCCUUCCUUCCAGCACUCAAGUCUAUGGUUCCAAAAUCGCGCCGGACGAAGGGUUGAGCCUUGAUGACAGGUAGCAUCCGCCAUAUCGUAAUACUUACCUGACCUGUGACCCUAUUGUAAGUAACCUAUCUGCAAGCUCUGCCCCCUGCCACAAAUGAAAGUAUUAGCACGCCGUCGUUCGCGACUUCUUACUGGUCAUACCUGGGAGCAUUUACUUGGUUUGCAACAAUUCCUACCCGAAAACCGUUCCUCCACCUGCCAUCCGUUGGCACUCUGGAUAUUCUGCAAAUUGGCAAACGAGCAGGUUCGCUCUUCCCAGUGAAGUACGUAUGAAGGUCCUUUUCGGAUCUUUCUAAUUUAUUCUCGAGUACUUUCGACUGGAUGUUGUUUACUAUACAGGUCGGUGAGAUUUCUUAGUUUGCUAAACGUCGGAAGAAGGCUCCAGGUCUGAGCGAACGAACAAUGGGAAUCAGAAAUCAGUUGCCGUAUUUUGCCUCUAAGCUCUCCUCCUCCACUUUGUUAUUUUCCUCGGGGUUCAUAACUGACUCAUAUCUGUCUUACUACACCUCCUUUCUUAAGGAAAUCCUAAUUUCAUCGAUUUUUUUUAUUAUUAAACACAUUCAACCCCUGCCAUGCACGUCAUUUUACCAGAUGUAGUCACUUUCGCUACAGUCUUUUCUAUAGGUUCCUACUGUAAUGAGCUGCAUUUUCUUAGUCGACCAGCUAUUGGAACUGGAAGAGGAUAGCCAAUUAAGUAAGUAACUUCGGCGAACCGGAUUGUCUACCCUGUUGCUAAUUACGGUCACAUAAAUCUACAUAGAUGCAUAGGAGUGACGUCCAUCAGUCUAUUUUGGUUUGAAAGGUUGGAUGCGAAUGUUUCGUUUUACUUCGGUCUGAACCCUUGAUCAAAGUACCGACUUCCCCCUCCCCUAUCCUGGGGUUGAGGUUUGGUCUGUUAAUGACAACAAGUAAGCCCUAGGUGGUAAUUCCGGGCCCCCUAGUUCUCUUCGGUAAUAUUUCCAGAUUACUGAUGCCUCUUAUCAUGCGACUGCCUGCGUAGGCUGUAGACCGGGGAGAAAUAGCGAAACGAAGCAUCUGUAUUGCGUUUUGCAGUCACGGUAGAUCGGUGCAUAUUGCCCCGGUGGGACUUCGAUUACUCCCGGUCGCAUCAGAUGAGGCGUAAACUCGAGAUUUAGUGAUUGAACCGUUGGUUCUGCUCCCGAUGACUAAAGAACUUCAGUUGGUUGACGAUGGCAGGCAAACUGCAAAUAGUACUUCCAAUCCCUCUUGUAUUCGUCGAUAAACACUUAUGAAAUCCUCAUAAGGUGCUUAUUGACUAUGUUUCUAUCCGGCUUGAAUUAUGGUGUCAUUCGAAAGUAUACGACAUUUCUUACCACUCUCCUCUGUCUGGAGGCUUUGCUUUGUCUGUUUCAUAUUUGAGCUUUCUGGGCUCUAUGGAAAUGAUUGAUAUGGCUCUAUAUAUCACGUUUACUGCGCAGACCACGCCAGUAACACCUGUGGAGAACUGUCUGAACUCUUGUAGAAGUUGCUCGGCUGGAGGCAAUCAGUGCACUCACGGGAGGUAACAAGCGCGUUGGCAAGGCCAAUGGCGGCCGACCGUCCAACGAGGACGACAUCAAGGACGCGCCUAUCGGUCCAGCUUUUGAACUCGCUCAACUUGCCGCUGUGGACUGGAACGGUCAGAUGGAGGAGCAGAGCACGCGGCAUCGCAAACUCCGCGCCGACCUAGCCGAAUAUCAGUCACGUCUGCAGAAUCUGGACCAGACUCUAUCAACAACCAGGUCUGCCAAAAUUACUUCUCCAGUCAUAUGUUUUCAUAGCAAAAGAUGGUUAUUUGUGAAAGUCGACGUUUUUAUUUGUCCCUUUAAGAAAUGACUGCAAUAGUCUGAUAAUAGACAAAAUGACACCCUCUGGCAUCACUAAAUAGUGAAGUCUGCUGAUUUGGUCUGGUUGUAAGGCAGCUCAAAGGAAUUGUGUUCUGCCUUAGAACUCUACUCAGGACCUCCCUCGCAAGUGGUUUAAUGUUUAAGAGCAGUUCAUAAUAGAGAAGGAUUGUUGAAAAGGCCGAUGGAGAUUAGAAUGGUCGACAUAGCUUAGGCCAUUGGCUCAACCGAUAGACCAACUGAAUUCGAAUUCCAACUCCUUUUCAUUUCCAGGUUGGCACUGGGACCAUGGUUAACUGGUGACAACAAAGAAACCGAAAUUAACUAUCGCACUACAUCCUCUUAUCGUUGUCAUAAGGUUUCUCAAUCCUCAGAUAUGUUUUUGACGUGCUCCUAUGUGAGGUUUGUAUUUUACUUUUCUCUUUAGCAACUGCCAUUCCCACUUAAAAGUCAGGUAGCCUUCCAGUCAAUGUGCGUCUCAAUCAUAGUUUCACGUCAGGAGCACUUCUGUUCCUCCAUCUGACAACUCGGGUUUGGAUAAUAAUGCAACGCUUUAGGGUAAGGGGAUAUCAUACUAACAGCACAGGUACUAGCCAAAAGCCCAUACGCGCGUUUCGCCUAUAUUCUGCCGCUGCAUGACAUAGCGGCAACGCCUGAUGUAAUUUGAUCUCCAUGCCCUGAUAAGUCCGCACAGUCGGCGUCUCCCUUCCGGCGUUUUAUUUCGUCAGAGUCUAGGUUUAAAAACACAGUCCUUCAUUGUUGUGAACAUUGGGCUGCAUGCGAGGAAGAUGAUCGAAACCUUGAAAUUCAGAAUCGCAGUUGCCUGAAAGUUAUUCAUUGAAUAAAUUGCGCCGAUCUCUCGGACGAGGGAGCUCGCAAUCGUUGCAAAACCACUGCUAGGAUAUCGCAGGCUAUCCGCCAAGGACGACUGAAUUGGUUUAGAAGCGCUCCUCCCCAUCCACCCAAUAACUGUCGCUGUCCUGAAUCGGAUAUCACCGCCCAAAGGGAUGAGCUCGAUCAUGUUAGAAUGUGGAGGUCGGUUGUGGACUUAUGAUAUGCGGUCUUCAUGGCUGCAGAUUGUGCGUGGAAAGGCACAUUGGAAGACCAUUUAGGCUGACAAGAUCCGUUAUGCUCAUUGAUUCAUCAAGACGAGUUCAAAAGUCGUCUUAGGAAAUGUGGUUCGUCCAUGGCGAGUGAUUAGGACUACCUCUGUCCUGGGGAAGGUACAGCGAUGAAUUUGGCAUAUAGUAAGACGGACUUAGAUGACGUCUACCUCGCUUCACCCUUCCCACACCCAGCUGUUCCGACGGCAGAAGAAGGUCAAGGCCGCCAGAAGUAGGCGCGGGAACAGUGACUGGCAUGACCCGAAAGCCUUUGUCUGCGCGUGUCGCACGUAUGUUGCUCUCUCAUUCCACACAAACCAGUUUUCAAAGUAGAAUCUCACUUCUCCCAAGGAGAGUCGCCAUUAUUAAAAACAGGAACAUUACAGUCUGACUCGCCCCGAGUGGAUCGACUCAUCCCCAUCGACCCUCCAAGCCACAGUCCCUGGUGUGUCGUGACAUGUUAGAGUGCGUUUGAUUACUUGCCGUGAGGAAUUGAUGCGCGUGAUCCUGGUUAGGUUAACCUCGCUUGUUUUAGAACCACUUAUACCAUCGCAGCUGUCAUGAUCACCACCAGCAGUGUGCGUACCGUCAGACACUAUCUUGCACAGGCCCGCAAACUGCUGCCCACUAGGCAGUUUAAUAGGACACACUAAGUAGGAUUUGAUGUAAACCUAACUACGAAGAACAGUGUAGGAUUGAUAGUGGUUUCAGGAGGAUGUUAUGUGGCGGAGUUUUCUAAUGGCCGCUGAGGACCAUCGUGUUAUCCCACCGUCGAAGUCGAUUUUAUAGGGGCUAUUUGUAUUGCUCGUGUUUUGCCUUGACUCCGUUUUCUGGUGGACGCUGCUAUCCCGUUCUCUCUGUGUCAAUGAUUAUGGUAUCGUAAGUACCACCCAGUCGACCAAAGCAAGAUGAACUGUUUGCCUGCCUAGUUACUUGUAGGACUAUAAAUAUACGCUUGUCCAGCGCUUAAACCCUAGUUACGGAAGAUGCAUUUUUUGCCAUGUCUGCUGUGUAAACCGGCUGUCGGCGAUGAGUUUUUGAAGGACUGCUUCCAUUUGCUCCUCCAGAUCCAACGUAACCUGCCUGGAAUCUGAGCUAGCUCAGGAGUUGACUAGGCUGUUGGACAGCUUGGACUCUGCCAUUGCCCAGCGGCGUGACUUCCUUACAUCCGCCAUCGCUGCUGGUGGUGCGGGUAGCACGCAGACCUCUCUCACUACUACCACCAUCACUACCUCCGCUCCAGCGUAUGCAUCCUCUCCGCCGUUGACGCUUCGCGAUGGUCUGAUGAUCUAG